UUGUAUUGUUUGUUAUUUGUUUAUGCGUUGUGCGGGCACAAGAAAAUAUCCUGUUCUGAGUUUUGAUCAAAAUCUUGGAUCAUCCUUGCUCCGGCAUGUCUAAAGUGCUGCGAAAGUGGGCCAAUUUUGGUUAUCAGGAGCGAGAGAUUCGUACUGCACUCGUUUUCGGCUCACACGGAGAAAAUGUAAUUAUUGUCCUUGAAAAUGAUGAUGUGCUUGCCUUUGGAAAAAACCGAAAAGAGUGUCUUGGAGUUGGCGUCGAAGGUGAAGUGAACGAGCUCAAGCGCAUCGAGAAUUUGUGUGGUCAAAGAAUUGAAGGGUUUGAAUGUGGUGUUAUUGCAUUUGAAGGCGAAGGAGAUUUCUGCAUUUUCGCCAUUUCGGCAGCUGGUACCGUUUUCUCGUGGGGAGAUAAUCUAUUUGGACAGCUCGGAUUAGGAACAGAUGAUGAUGAUGUCACCUUUACUGUUCCCAAGAAAAUUUCUGGUUCUCUAGAGCACAAAAAGGUUGUCCAAGUUUCUUGUGGCGGUAAUCAUACACUAGUUUUGACGUCCGAGGGAGAGGUAUACGCUUUCGGUGAAAACCCUCGAGGUCAGUUAGGUUUUGAGACCUCAGGAGAAAACGAACCGUUUCCACGAAAGGUUGGAGGACUGCUGGAUGGGGCAAUCGUAACCUCGGUCGCAUGUCAAUAUGACACUUCUGCAGCGCUCCUACAUUCAGGAGAGAUUUGUGCUUUGGGUUUGAACCGAAAUGACUUGUCGAGCUCAUCUUCAACUUCAGACAAGGAAUGGACUCCCCGAAAGUUGCUUGGCCUGGAAGAAGUCGUCAUUUCCCAAAUCGUUUGUGGACCUUAUUUCACUCUCGCUUUAUCUGACGACGGCAAAAUUUACUCAUGGGGAGAAAAUGAUAAAGGCCAAUUAGGAAAUGGGACUACCAGCGAGGAGUGCGUCAUGACACCAACCAUUAUUUCUACAAAGAUGGGAAGGGUGAGAAAAAUUGCUGCCACUCAUUACGAGAGCCACCUGUGCGCUGCAAUCACUGAAAAUCACCAGGUGUACAUUUGGGGCAAUUGCAACAACGGCCUAAUUUAUAACAAACCAAUUCUCACUUCAUUCUCAUCUUUGGACGAAGUUUUUGCUGAUGCCUUUCCUCCAGUUACCUACCAACGUUUUCAAUUGAAAAUUGCCAAAGAUUGCAAGAGGAAAGGCUCGGUAAAUGAACGUCUAAGGAAAGCGUUUGACCAUCCUGAAACUGCCGAUGUUGCAUUCAUUGUCGAGGGGAAGAAAAUCCACGUGCACAAGGCUGUGUUGACGUUCGGCAGCGACGUGUUCAAGAAAAAGUUCCUGGGUGAUUGGAAGGAUAGUUGCCAAAAGGAGCAGAUCGUCGAGGAUCACAGCUAUGAUGCUUUCUACGUGUUCCUCAAAUUCUUGUACACCGAUGAAGUUGAUGAUAUCACGCUUGAACAUGCUCUUGAUGUUUACGCCAUAGCUGACUUCUAUCAGGUGACUGAUCUGAUGGACGAGUGCGAAAAUAUUAUCAAAUCUGGCCUGACUGUGCAAAACGCUGCUGCUGUGUACGAGAAGGCAAAUUUGUUUGGAGCUGAGAACCUGUGUGAGUUCUGCCUCAAGUUUUGCGAGGUGCGCUGGUUUGAGGUCUUGGACAAUUUUGAAACUGAUGACAGCAGGAGCGAAGUCAUUUUGGAUGUUUUCCGUCGGGCAGCGAACCAAAAGAAAUACUAAUGAUUGAAGCGUUUUUCAAUGAUUGAUGUUUUGCGCCCCUGCAAGAAUUCUUCGUGUUCAGUGGUGUUCGUCCUUAAUUUUCAAGUUCAAUAUCAUUAAUUUCUGCGAAAUAUAUUUGUCAUAUUUCCUAUUUUUAAUAAUUCUCACCCAGGAAAUAAUUGGCAACGAUUUUUUUUACUUUACGCACCAUACAGAUAGGGUCUAUAAAGUUAAAUCGAUCUUGCUUCUACAGAAAUUAAAAAUCGUUCAUUCGAAGAAGAUGAUAUGCAAUUUCAUCGCUUCAUAUGCAGACUCAAAUUGUUAGCGACACCUUCCUGCAGUAAGUCACCAGAGCAGAAUUUAACAUCAUCCUUUCCAAGCGCAAGGGCUGUUUUUUGUAUUGGCGAACCACUCUAACUUGUAGGU